AUUCAACACCGACAGAUCAUCAUCCACAAAAUUUAAAGGUGGACAUUCCCUGGUGAGGGGCAGUUUUUUUUUGUUUUGGUUUAUUGUUUUGUUACGAUCAGAGGUCACAGGCCCGGUUGCAACUGGUGACAUCGUCGGAACAGCUCAAAGAAAAAACGGUGCGUUCAACUGACGACAACACGUGUUUGGUGUUACCGUUCGGCGCGCUGUAACGCCUGGCUGCGGCGUAACGGCCCGUAACGCAGAAAUGUCAUCGAAACCGGCAACGCCGCUCGAACAGCGCCGCACGUAUCCUGGCGAGAGCGAAACCACCAGGAUUCCGAUCCUGUCGCCCCAACCGUUUCGCCGGUCGUCCUCGCUGCGCAUGCGCAAUAGCCGGAGCUUCCAUGACUACCAACUUUAUCGGGCCGGCGGCGAGUGCUGCGACUGUGGUGGUACCAGUUUCGCCAGCAGCAAUCACCAGCUGACCAUGCAGGGCUCGGGAGUGAAGACGAAAACGACGACCGCGAGUGGCACCAAAUCGAUUUCCCAUGGCCAUCUGCGGCAAUCGCAGCAGCAGCAGCAGCAACGUUCUCCGAUGGCAACGGCGAGUCCUUCGAUUGCGAACGGCGAACAUGGCACCGACGACGGAGAGGUGGACUCAUUCGCAGUUCAGUGCAGCACGGUGAAGGAUGGUCCGGUUCCGAACGGGGUAAUACUGCACUGUCCCCACGAUGGCCACCCGUUGGCCCACUGUAUACCGGGCAAAGCGAACGAUUCGCUCUCCCAGCAACUGAAGCAGCCCGGAACGGUCGGUUUCUGUCCUCACGCCGGAUCCAGCCGGAAACUUGGACACGUCAGUGGCGUUUGCCACCUGCAGAAACAUGGUGCUGGCAUGUCUUUGAAUCUUAUUAACUCUGGACACAGUAGCAGUAGUCAAAGGACGCCAAGAACACCGCAAACGCCCAACGGAGGUAUACCAGGAACGGGACUGCAGCGUCCAGGAGCAGGCGGAGGACUGAGCCCUAAGACGCCCCCGGUGUCGCCGGAAUCGCCCGUCAAUAGCUAUCUGGAUGAUGAUCUAGACUCGCUUCACAGCUACAGCUCGGUGGCGAGCGGUAUGUCGUGCGACCAUCCGUACGUGGCCCGCAACGGGACCACCUUUAGUGGCCGUAAGAUGAAGUACGUGGUGCACUGCUCCAGCCACGCUGGUCAAACGGGCGGUGACUAUCUGACGCCGACUCAGCGCGCCCAGCGGCAGAUACGUCGAUUGAAGGAGCUGCUGUCGCAGGCACGGUGUGAUCUUGAGCAGCGCGACUGUGAGAUCUUGCGACUGACGAAGGAGGUGGUCGAGUUGCGACUGUUUAAGGCUUCGCUCAGUUCACCGGAAGAGCGGAGCAACUCGAGCGAUGCGGUAACGGUGCGCGAAAACACGACCAAUGACGCGAACACGCCGAGCUCGAGCCAGGACAUUUCGCCCAUCGUCGAUCAGAUCGACGAGGGUAGCGUGAAGGCGAGCCCACGGCAUCAUCACCACCAUCACAGCCAAGCCGGCAUCCAUCAGGUUCAGUUCAUCGACAAACUGUCGACUUCGGAGAUGCAGAGCUCGUUCGCCGACUCCGGACACUUUGAAGACAUAACGACGUCGUCGAUUCACUCGAAGGACUCGUACGUGCACACGCAGGAUCGGGCCUGUGGUAGCGACGAAGACAUGGACGCGGAGAAGCGUCGCCUCGUGGCGAUGUACGAGGAGCGCAUCGAAGAGCUGAUCAAGCAACACCAGACGGAUGAGCAGCAAAUCCGGACGUCCAACAAUGAUCGCUUUGAGGUGCUCCUUCAGCGACUGGCCGAGUCCAACACGCGCUACUGUGAUCUGGUGCCAGAUUACGAGCAGGCCAAGGAACGCAUCCGUGAGCUGGAGAAGCAAUUGGAAACACUGCAAGCCCAGCUGCAGGAACAGGAAGAUAAGGCCAACAAAAUGUAUCUGCAUAUGUACAGCAAGGGCCAGGAAGCGGAACGGCAGGAGCAAGCUGAUCGGGUUCUGGAUGUGGCGCGGGCCUCUCCAAGCCGCGUCUCGGUUCCGGAACUCAUGCAGCAACUCCAGGUCACUCAGGAUGAGCUGGAAAACAUUAGGGAUACGAACUAUCAGCAAGAAAAUGGCGGCACACAGGUUUUACUGAGCGCGAAAGAAGCAAUCUCACUGUGGCUUCUCGGUGCCCGUAAGACCAUGUAUAAGCGGUUGAUUGAUGCCCAGCAAACAAAAAACAAAGUCGACCCAGAAGUCACGCUGCAGUUCCUGAAGAGUGCGAUCUACUACUUCCUGACAGACAAGGAAAACUCUCAAGGACAUCUGAACGCUAUCGAAAGCAUUCUUGGCUUCUCUGACGCCGAGCGUUCCAACAUCGACAAGGCACGGGCAUAUAAGUAGACGAUACAGAGCGCCAGUAGUGAAAUGUUUUGUUAGUGAUAGGUAAAGCAUUGCUUCAAAUCUUUAUCUGACUUACACAUUCACACAACAAACAACAGAACACGUACACACCGAUAAAGAAACAUAUGCACACAAUUGUAGAUAAGAUUUUAACGUUCUUGAAGAUGUUACGAAACUGAUAAACUGAUUAUGAACCCAAAAGAAACAAGGAACUAACAUACGCAAUGGGCAACGAACACGAGCGAGCUUACGCGUCGACUGUGCUGGCAGAGAGUGUGAAGCAAAAUAACCGAAAAAAACUUAAUACUUUUUUCGUGGUAAAUGCGAAAAAAUGCCUAGAGGAGUCUAGAAGAACUAGACUAAAUGAAAACGUUAAUGUGUUGUGAUGAAAUAGUAACUGUUUUAGUUGUUCUCCAUUGUUUUAGAGACAGAUGCGCUUUCGCAGUAAGAUCUUUCGUUCAGUUCCUUCGAUUUGGCUUAAUAUUUAUUCGUUGGUAAAUGUAGGAGCUCUUCGUUCGAACGGUUGUUGCUUUGGAAAUUUUUUUAAAUGAUUUUAUGAGUCAGAUUCAUCGAGCCACUUGCAUCCUACAAUUGUUGCUUUUCUUUUAUACCAUGUAAAACAGUCAAGACUAUGUGUCUCUCGCUGAUAAUAAUCACAAUCAACAGAACAUUCUCUGCCAUCCAUGUUUUGAUAACACCAUUGUUAAAUGCACAGAAUAAAUUAUAAACAGGUUAGGUUUUGACCGCUUGGAGAGAUUCGAAGCAACGCGUACGUCCAAAUGGAACAGCUUUCAAAUGCAGUUAGAUAAGUAAUUUAGCUAUCACCAAAUAUAUACAUAUAUAUUUUCCAGUGGAAUCAAAUUUAGAUCGGGCUAGUAGUGAUUUGUUGCAAAAAUGCGAUGAGACAACAAUGAAAGAACAAAAUAAACAAUUCAUUCUUCUGUUGCACCCUUCAACCCAAUCUCAGACAAUUCAGACUGGUACAAUUGCUCAAGCUGUUGUACAAGCGGGAAGAGCUAUUGCCUGGGGCAUUUGGUAGAACGAUCUAUAGCGAACCUGCUUUUUCCUGCUUAAGCAAAAACGAUGUGAUGUGCUAUUUCGUAGCGUAGUUUUCAGAAUACGCAAUCAUUGCACCAUGAUCUCCCUGUCCUUCAAAGAUUUUAAAAAUAUUAACUGUGGUUUUACUAAAGUCAAUUCCGUGCAGGAAUUCCACAGCCAAAAACCGGAGGGUGGCACACACAACGUUUAAAAUAGUGCCUCAGAAACGCAUUGAUGCAACCUUGUUGUGCGCUCGGAAGCUUCUAAAUUUAUGACUAAAAAAAUUCUCAUAGUUAUUGUGCGUAAAAUUUGGUGACUGGACAGAAUGUUAGAAAAAAUAUACAAGUAUUCGAAUAAAAGCUGGAUUGGAGAUCUUACAUGAAAAUAAAUUAAAUGAAACAUUAUCGUUGCAAAACGCGUCGUUUUUGUAAAACAAUAAAGUGUUUUCAAUAUCAUUUAAUACAUCAGUUGCCA